GAGGUCACGUGCCCUCGCUUCCUGCACCGUACGGCCGGUUUUCGUUGGGUGCCUCUGUCGCUGUAAAAUACAGAUCAUAUUAUUCACAAUUAAAUACGCAUUUAAAUCAAAAUAAAAUAAGCUAAAGUGAGCACCAUGUCAAUCUUCCCAGAGCUUUACUUCAACGUGGAUAACGGCUACUUGGAAGGGCUGGUCCGGGGUUUCAAAGCAGGAAUUCUGUCUCAGGGAGAUUAUCUGAAUCUCGUUCAGUGUGAGUCACUGGAAGAUCUGAAGUUGCAUCUACAAAGCACAGAUUAUGGGAAUUUUUUGGCAAACGAGGCCUCUCCUCUCACUGUGUCUGUCAUUGAUGACAAGCUGAAGGAGAAGAUGGUGGUGGAGUUUCGCCACAUGAGGAACCAGUCCUACGAGCCACUGGCCAGCUUCCUUGAUUUUAUCACGUACAGUUACAUGAUCGACAAUGUUAUCCUUUUAAUUACCGGCACAUUGCAUCAACGAUCCAUCUCGGAGCUGGUUCCAAAGUGCCACCCCUUGGGAAGCUUUGAGCAGAUGGAGGCUGUGAAUAUUGCCCAGACACCAGAAGAGCUUUAUAAUGCUAUCUUGGUAGAUACUCCCCUAGCUGCGUUUUUCCAGGACUGUAUAUCUGAGCAGGAUCUUGAUGAAAUGAACAUUGAAAUUAUUAGAAAUACACUGUACAAAGCAUACUUGGAGUCUUUCUACAAGUUCUGUUAUACAUUGGGAGGUACAACUGCAGACACCAUGUGUCCUAUUCUUGAAUUUGAAGCGGACAGAAGAGCUUUCAUCAUCACCAUAAACUCCUUUGGAACUGAGCUGUCAAAAGAAGACCGUGCUAAGCUCUUUCCUCAUUGUGGCAAGCUGUACCCAGAAGGGUUAGCACAGUUGGCUAGGGCAGACGACUACGAGCAAGUCAAAGCGGUGGCAGACUACUAUCCAGAAUAUAAACUCCUUUUUGAAGGAGCUGGAAGUAAUCCUGGAGACAAAACCCUUGAGGACAGGUUCUUUGAACACGAGGUGAAGCUGAACAAGCUGGCAUUUCUGAACCAGUUUCACUUCAGUGUGUUUUAUGCUUAUGUGAAACUGAAGGAGCAGGAGUGCAGGAACAUCGUGUGGAUAGCAGAAUGCAUCGCUCAAAGACACCGAGCCAAGAUCGACAACUACAUUCCUAUCUUCUAAAUCUCCAGUCCUGUAGCCCGGGUUUAAACAAGCAAAAAAAAAAAAAAAAAAAAGUCAUAGUGAUGUCUCGCCAUUUAAAAAAAAAAAAAAAACAUUUUGAGAUGUAGUUACUUAAUACUUGCUGUUUGUGUUUUGAUUCGAUUGAACACUAAGUGUACAGUACAGUGAUUGUGUUUCUAUCUAGCCAGCAGUAACACAGCUCCCGUGUUCGUUCUGUAUCUGCAGACUUUUCAACAAGUAACUUAUCAGAGAAGGUAUUAGUUGAUACAGUUUCUGCUUCUAUUAACAUUUGCUGCAUUUUAUUUCAGCAUUACGAAGUAAUCCACAAAAGUAAUCCUAUUAAAUGUUUUUCUGAUUACUUUUUGCCCGUAAAGGAACAGGAUAGUGGAAAAUUAAUUUGAGUCUGUUUACGACUACAACACCAGUGUUUUGGUGCUGUGCUAGUUGUACUUUAACUUAACAAAACCUGCCUCCGUUUGAGUUAACCAUUGAUGUGAUAGGAGUUUGUUCACUGUGGCUCAAGACUGUUGUAGUACAGGUGUGUUGUUAUGUGAGAAUACUGAACUUGAAUUAUUCAUAGUCAUACCCUGCAUGUUACAAAUGGAACAUUAACCCAAAGAGAACAAGGACUUUUUAUUUUUCAUGUUGGCUGGAUAACUUGUGCAAAUGUUGCAUCAAGGGCCAUGUUCGUAAAUCAUUAAUAUGACUUUUACAUUUACAACCAUAACUAAUGCUUUAUGAAUAUAGACCUUGGUACAUGUUUUUGAUUCAUGAAUCAAAACCGUAAAAGAGGUUUAAUCCCUGCAGCCUUUUUGUUUUAAAUUAAAAACCUGGUGAUACAUUUUGUAAUUUUGUGGUAUUUUAGAUGUCAGUUUGCUUUGAUUACAUAUGAAUUUUCAGUGCAGCAAACUUCCAGUAGCAGCUGAGUAACUUGUCUUUGAUAAAGAAAGGUAUUUAUCUGCUGCUGUGGUUGGAGCUUGCUGUUUCUGCUUGUGGUAUUUAGAUGUUAUGUCAGCAUCUGCUGCAAACUGUUUACAGACACAGUUAUUACUGUUUUAUCCAUGUCAUGUCUAAGUGGCACUUUUUCCAUUCCUAAAUGUGUUCUCAUUAGAGCAUCUUUCUGAACAGUAGUAGAUUUUUAAUUUUUUUUUUCGUUUGUUUAUUUUAAAAUGUGAUUUGGUCUUAAGGACAUCCCUCUUUACCUGCAAGAGCAUCGAAGGUCAAUCUGCCAUCAGUUUCAAUCUCAAGAUUUUAUUUUGAUUUCAUAAUCUAAAAAUCUUGCCUAGUGACUUGAUAUAAGUGCAGGAACCAAAAUCAGACAAAAUAAGAUGGAUACUAUUAAAUGUAUAUAGAGAGAGAGAUUUAAAAAAAAAAAAGAUUAAAGAUACUUUGACCUUAAUUCAGCAGGAAUCCAAUUAGAAUUGAUCAUCAUAAUAAUGAUCAUUUAAAGAAACUAAUUGAAAAGGUAUGGCAGAUAGGGGGUUAUAUUACAGUUUAUCAUUGCACAUCUAUCAUAAAGUGGUGCUGUACUGUUGCAGGACACUCAGAACUGAAUUACUGCUUGCUGCAUGGUAUCUUUAGCCCCUGUUUGGUGAAGCAGCAGGAAAUAUAUUUAAAUAUUAGUAAAUGUUCUUCAUAUAUUACAAAAAUGUCAUUCUUUUAAUGAGAAAGUAUGAAAAGUGAGUGGUUCAAUCUGUUUUAUUGGGAACAAAAUUUUGUUUUUGUUGAUACGGUUUGAAUGGAAUGGUCCCAUUCUUAAUGCUCUGCAUUGCGUGGUGUCAUAACAAUACAUGGGGUCCAGGAAACUGUAGCACUUGUGUAGAAGUGACGUGUCGAUGGCUUUGUGUUGUGUGUCUUCGUUUCCCUUGUAAAGCUGUAGAUCCCACUGGAGAAUAAAUGAAUAACAGAAUUUUAAUUAUUUGAUGGAAUUGAUCUAAACGAUCUUGUAUUGUUAUGAUAAAUGUGUAAUGCUUAUAAAAGCUCUGUCUGAUACUUUAUAAGAA